AUGGUCGGAGUAGCUGCCACGGAAGUGAAUGCAUCGUGGCCGAAGGAAGAGAUAACCAAGGCGCAACAGGACGAUCCAAGCAUUUUGUUGGUAAUGCAAAAGCUACGUUGCACUAACACAGCAUCAAAAGGAAGACGAGGACGGUUGGAAUGAUAACAGAGAGCGGCGUCGCUACAGGCAGUUAUGGCCAUAAAUGGAGAAGAGAAACGGUAUCCUACAUCGUUGUGUGGAUAAAAGCACACCCACAGAGCGGUUUGUGUGGGUGGUCCCACAUAGAAUGCGUCCCGACCUUCUUAAGCUUUCCCACAACGACCCUAGCUCUGGGCAUCUGGUAGUUAGUCGUUGCGUUGAGCGUCUGCAACAACAAUAUUACUGGCCUGGUAUGACCUCAGAAGUGCAACUGUGGAUCGCAGAAUGUGAAAUAUGCGACCGCCGCAAGUCUCCAGUGUUACCGCGUAAAUCAUCCAUGAAAAACAUAGAGGUUGGUCACCCAAUAUAAUUAUGGGUAAUGGAUAUCUUGGGCCCACUUCCUCUAACUGCACCGGGAAAUCAAUACCCUUUGUGAUGCCUGACCACUUUACCAUGUGGGUAGAGGCGGUGCCGCUAGCUAACCAAAGAGCCGAUACCAUAGCGAAAGCUUUUGUUGACGAAGUUGUGACUCGACUCGGUGUUCCUCGUAAAAUUCUAACAGAUCAAGGGCGGAACUUCGAAGCAGAGCUCAUGCGGCAGGUGUUCCAUCUUCUUGGGUAGAAAAUUUGCAAAUUUCGCCGUAUCAUCCACAAGCUAAUGGGCAGAUCGAAAGAUUAAACCGGACCUUGAAGGAAAUCCUCACCACGUACUCACAUAAAGACCACACUGUUUGGGACGUUCAUUUACCUCUCGCCUUGUUUGCGUACCGCAACAGCGUACAUUCAUCGUCAGGAGUUUCACCAUUUAGAGCGGUUUGCGGUCGUGUAGCCAGCACACCGUUAGUGGUGAUGGGCACCCAGACAGAGGCAAAGGAACAGUUUAUCUCGAACUACUGUGAUGAGUUAGAAACGUCCCUGAAGGACGUGCAACGCUUUGUGAAAGAAAAGAUUAGUGAGGCGCAGAGGAAGCAGAUAAAGGGAUACGAUGACCGCAAUAACAUUGACAAAAGCACGCCGUUUAAGGUGGGAGAUCGGGUUUGGCUGAACGACACAGUGGUUCCAAAAGGGCUUAGUCGAAAGUUCCAACUGCAGUGA